CACAGCAUCCACAUCUCCCUGAGCUGUUCUCUCUGCCUUCUGCUGCUGACUUGCUCACGUUCUCACCUUCCUCAACAACAUGACCACCUGCAGCCGCCAGUUCACCUCCUCCAGCUCCAUGAAGGGCUCCUGUGGCCUUGGUGGUGGCUCUAGCCGCUUUUCCACUGUCCUGACUGGAGGAUCCUGCCGGGCUCCCAGCACCUAUGGGGGCCUGUCAGUCAGCUCCUCUCGCUUCUCCUCUGGGGGAGCCUGUGGGAUUGGGGGUGGCUAUGGUGGGGGCUUCAGCAGCAGCAGCUUUGGGGGCGGCCUGGGUAGUGGCUUUGGUGGUGGCUUUGGUGGAGGCUUCGGUGGUGGCUUUGGUGGCGGUCUUGGUGGCGGCUUCGGUGGUGGUGAUGGGCUCCUGGUGGGCAGUGAGAAAGUGACCAUGCAGAACCUCAAUGACCGGCUGGCCAGCUACCUGGACAAGGUGCGAGCCCUGGAGGAGGCCAACACUGACCUGGAGGUGAAGAUCCGCGACUGGUACCAGAGGCAGCGGCCCACUGAGAUCAAAGACUACAGCCCUUACUUCAAGACCAUCGAGGACCUGAAGAGCAAGAUCAUCGCAGCCACUCUGGAGAAUGCACAGCCCAUUUUGCAAAUUGACAAUGCCAGGCUGGCAGCUGACGACUUCAGGACCAAGUAUGAGCAUGAGCUGGCCCUGCGCCAGACCGUGGAGGCUGACAUCAACGGCCUGCGCCGUGUGCUGGAUGAGCUGACCCUGGCCAGGACCGACCUGGAGAUGCAGAUUGAGAGCCUGAAGGAAGAGCUGGCCUACCUGAAGAAGAACCAUGAGGAGGAGAUGCUUGCCUUGAGGGGUCAGACUGGUGGGGACGUCAAUGUGGAGAUGGACGCAGCCCCUGGUGUGGACCUGAGCCGCAUCCUGAAUGAGAUGCGAGACCAGUAUGAGCAGAUGGCGGAGAAGAACCGCAGAGAUGCGGAGGCCUGGUUCCUGAGCAAGACUGAAGAGCUGAACAAAGAAGUGGCCUCUAACAGUGAGCUGAUACAGAGCGGCCGCAGUGAGGUGUCCGAGCUCCGCAGAGUGUUCCAGAGCUUGGAGAUCGAAUUGCAGUCCCAGCUCAGCAUGAAAGCAUCCUUGGAAAACAGCCUAGAAGAGACCAAGGGCAGGUACUGCAUGCAGCUGGCCCAGAUCCAGGGCUUGAUCAGCAGCGUGGAGGAGCAGCUGGCUCAGCUGCGCUGUGAGAUGGAGCAGCAGAGCCAGGAGUACAACAUCUUGUUGGACGUGAAGACCCGGCUGGAGCAGGAGAUCGCCACCUACCGCCGUCUGCUGGAUGGCGAGGAUGUCCACAGCUCCUCCUCACAGUACUCAUCUGGCCAGUCCUAUUCUUCCCGAGAAGCCUUCUCCUCAUCCUCUCGCCAGCCUCGGUCCAUUCUGAAGGAGCAAGGCUCAUCCAGCUUCAGCCAGAGCCAAAGCCAGAGUUCCAGGAACUAAUCUGCUCCACUCAGAGCCUCCUGGCCUGUACCAGCCUCACAUCCUGGAGGCCUGAGCCGGGACCCUGUUUCCUUAGCGCGGCCCCCAGCUGUCUCCCCUCCCUUCUGCUGGUGGUGGGCUAAUAAAGCUGACUUUCUGGUUGAUGCAAAA